CCAAUGAUAUUUUAAAGAAGACGCUCGCGAGGUUUUCGUUUCUUCACCAUGGCAACCUUAGUCCAGUAAAUCGUCGCGUCUUCCUCGUUGUGGGCCACCGGCGGUUCGUCAUGGCAGAGUUGGGUCUAAAUGAUCACCACCAGAAUGAAGUAAUCAACUACAUGCGAUUUGCACGCUCUAAACGUGGUCUGCGUCUUAAGACAGUAGAUUCUUGUUUUCAAGACCUUAAGGAAAGCAGGCUUGUGGAAGAUACAUUCACUGUUGAUGAAGUGACAGAUAUCCUGGAUGGUUUACAGACUGUAGUGCAUAGUGAGGUGGAAUCAGAACUUAUUAAUACAACUUACACCAAUGUAUUACUUAUACGACAAUUUUUUUCUCAGGCAGAAAAAUGGUGUCUUAAAUUGCAGACUGAUAUUUCAGAACUGGAAAAUAGGGAUUUAUUAGAGCACGUUGCUGAGUUUGAAAAAUCAGAAUUUACAUCUUCAAAUAAGAAGCUGAAUCCAGAGUUGGCUAAAACUAAACUUACUCCAUUGCAUGAGGGAGCAUCAGAAUUGCUAAACAAGGAAAUUGCAAGACUUCAUGAAGAAAAUGAAAAACUGAAGACUAGAUUAAAGACAAUAGAGCUGCAGGCUACAAAUGCACUGGAUGAAAAGUCAAAGUUAGAAAAGGCUUUACAGACCAUACAAAUUGCUCAGGGGGAUCAAAAGUGUAACACUACUCAGGAUGUUACUGAACUAGAAAAUACUAUGGCUAAUUUGAAGUGUCAGUUUGAGAAAACACUGCAAGACAGUACUGCAAGCCAAAAAUCCUUGGAGGAGAAUCUGGUGUCAACAAAACAUGACUUACUUAAGGUUCAAGACCAGUUAGCACUGGCUGAAAAGGAAUUAGAAAAGAAGUUCCAACAAACUGCUGCCUAUCGCAAUAUGAAGGAGAUUCUCUCAAAAAAGAAUGAUCAGAUAAAAGAGCUACGAAAGAAGCUUUCAAAAUAUGAGCCAGAUGAUUAGUUUUGAAGAAGCUGUUUUGUUUCAAGAAACAGCCACAAAAGAAAUGGAAUGAAGAUUUGGGAAAAAGGAUUUGUUAUUCAAUAUGUUUCAGUAUAUUUUCCAAGCAGUCUACUUCCUUUUUUAAACAUUUUAUUAUUAGAAAGCCAUAAGUGAAAAUGCUGAAUAAAGAAAAAUACAUAUUUGUGGUUUAGGGCCAUUUUGAAUGUUUAGAUUGUAUACUGCAUAACAAGUACAAAUGCAAAACAUUUACCAAUUUCUUUUUUCAGUAAAAAAGUUUAUUAUGAACAGUAGUUCAAAUGGUUAAUUAUAAUUCUUUACAUACUGUUAAAAUGCAGUUGUAAUGAAACGUUUUCCCUAAAGUUUUUAUUUUUCUGAAAGAUUGCUUUUCUUUUUCAGAAUAUUAGCUAGAAACGAAUUAAUUCUGUUGCCAUGAAACAUAGCCCCAAAGUUUGGCUUGAAGAACUUGUACCCUGAGAGAAACACUUUUAACUUUGCAAAGGAGCUUUAUUGUCCACCCAAAAAUGCAAAUCAUCAAGUAAUUUGGACAAAGAAAAAAGCAUUUACUUAGGUACAGAAAUAAAGAAACAAAUACUCCAUAACAUUCUGUAUAUGCUAUGUGCAAAAAGCAACUGAUAAAAUAAAACAUUAAGUAAACAUAAGAUAGACACUAUUAAAAUAUGCUGUCUCUUCCGCUUUCCCAUCGGGGCUUGUUUCUUUAAUAUUUGCAGUACAUAAGGACUUCAGAUUAUGCUCCUUGUUUGUUUAGUCCCUGAAAAAGCUAAUAUUUGCAAAUAAAAGAAAUAAAUUGUUUUGGCUAAAAUGAAAAGAUGAUUUCCUGAACUUCAUGCCAUGCUAAAUGCUAAUAUCACCUUUAUUAAAAAGCUAAUAAUCCUACAAUUCCAGGUAACAGUUUGACUAUUUGGUUCUCUUUGACAAGGACAGUGGCUU